AUGGGUCAUCCGUCAGCAAUCCAGUCCUAUCCUGCCUAUCCAAAUACCUACUCGAAUAUAUCCCAAACACCGACAGCAACCUACGGUGCUUCAGCAUCACCACUCGACUACACGACACCUGCAGGCUUUUUCAACGCUCCAAACGCUCUACCAACUCAUUUCUAUGCAAGGUGA